CGAACGAAAGUAUCACUCAAAAGGCGAUCAAAGUCCACUUGAAAAUUAUACGUAAUUAUGCGGAAAUUACAUAUGCAAAAUUAAAUAAAAUAUGCUAAAAAAAGCUUCGAGAGCACAUGUUACUCUUACAGCCGUGAAGGAACAAAAGUGAACUUCAAUAUUGUUAUAAUUGCCACUGUUAUAUCUGUUUUGAAACCGUUAAUCUUAUUGUGAUUUUAUAAUUGUUGUUUUGUCAAUAUCACGGUGCCUUGUUUUCAUAACAUUCAAUUCUUCAUUGUCUUUGAUUUAGUUAACAUUUUUGUGUAAAUAGAAUAAUGUCAACAAGUCAAUCACCCUGGAAUACAGAAGAUUUAAAAGAAAAGCUCAUUUUACACAUCUAAAUGUUUAAAAUGUUGAAGUGUCAAAGUGUCAAGUUAAAUACAGCUCAAUCAAAAAGAACAAAUACACAGCAAAAUAACAAAACAAAACUAAUCUUUUGUAAAGAAAUGUUGCAGAUGUUGUUAAUAUCAAAUUCUUGUCAGUUUUGUGUUAUCUUACUUCCAAAGUUUGAAAGUUUGAAAAAAAUGCAAUAUUGUUGUUUUAAGUUAUCUGGGAUAACAAAGAAAACCUGAAGAAAAAAAAGUCACACCACCUCAAAGUUCUUUUACCAAGAAAAACUAACUUACUAAGAUUAUGCAUAACUAAUAGGACUGUAAACGCUUAUUAAUUUUGAAAUAUUGUUAACACUUUUGGAGAAUUAGUAAACAUGGGCAGCAACUCUCACAACAAUAUGGCUUUAGAGGAUUCAUUUAAUAAAGUAAUUGCUUUAGGUGAUCCAUUUAAUAGUUGUAAAAAUGAUACUAUUGUAAAACUAAUGCAUUUGGCAAAAUCAAGGCAAAAUUUAUUAGAAGAAACUAUAGAAAAUUUGAGUCAAAUUCUAGUUUUAGACGCAAAUUCUGAAAAUUCCCGUUUUGCUUUAUGUGCAAUAACUUAUGCAGUACAAAACAAACAAAAACUCUCACAAAAAACCAUCAAUAAUUUACUAGAGGUCUUGCUACAAACAUCUUUAUUAAAAACAUACAAUUCUAUUAAUAUAGGUGAAAGAAUCAACUACAUUCUUAACCUAUGCAAAUCUUAUACAAAGGAAUACAUUUUGCCUAAGUUUAUAUCUGUUAGUUUUGAUAAAAGAUUUGUACAUGAAAUGUUAAAUUGUGUAUCUGCAGCAAAUAUAACUCUACAUUUAUUAAUAAAAGAAGAUUUGAAAAAAUUAAUUCAUAUUGCCAGGAGGCAUGGUAUGACUCCUGCAAUUUUAACAAACAUAACAAAAGAGUUAUUAAACGAAAUGGUAGAUCAUCCAACUAAAUUAGUAUUUGCUCAAACCUUAAAGUACUCAAUGAGAAAAGAUAGCAACUGUUCUGGUCUUACUAUCCCAGAUUUUAUAAAUAUUUUGAAAAAUAACACUAACCUUAAUGUGCUGUCUGAAAUUGUUUGGUCUUUAGGAUAUGUGAUGAGAAAUAGUUUGUAUAAAACUUUAACGCAAGAUAUUGAAGAAGAAAUUAAGCAUAAUAUACAACAAGUAAACCCUGCUGCUAAACAUUUUUUAAUGCAGCAAAUAGAAAAUCAACAAAGGAAUGAUAAUGAAAUAGUUAUUACUAGCUGUGAUAAAAUAAAAGUACCAACAAACUAUGUACGUAAACCACCACAGGCUUAUGUUACUAAAACUCAACAGGUAACUAUUAAUCAUAAAAUUUGUAGUCAGUCAGAAGAAACAAAAAUUAUUGCGAUAAGUUUAGCAGAAGCAUUAAGAAACAGAAAUAAAAAAAUUGGAGCAAGUUUUAAUGCUGAAAAUUUACCAACUAUUGAAACUGAUGAUAAAAAAGGUGACGAUAGAACAUGGUAUGAAGCUACCUAUAAAACUGUUAAAAGACUUUACGGUUUAGCGAAAAUAAAAGACUACAAGCUCAAAAAAGGAGACAAAGACGAUUACCUAAUUGAAAAAUUUAUAGAUAAUAAACCUAAGUAUUUUGGAAAUCCUUUAAAGAAUUUUAUAAUAGACAGAAUGAUUGCGGCAACUUUUUUAACAAUAUCAGCAAAACAGGAACUAACCAAUGAAGCAAUAAAUAAAUUAAUGAUCUGUUUAGAUAAGAUAGCAGUUGUUAAAAGCAGGAUAUUUGACAAUAAAUCAGAUAAAAAGAUUGCAUGUAUUAUAUUUAAUAGUUCGUUACCUGAGAAAGAUUUAAAUGACAUUGAAGAAAUUAUUAUUGAUAAAAUUUCUAAAAUUAAAGAAACUUACAAAACUCAUCAUAAUAAAGAAACGGAAAUAAUAGAAGAGUUUUCAUCUGAGAUUAAUCAAAUAAGAUUAAAUAGCAUAGCAUCAAUUUAUAACUGUGUUUCUUUAAGCAGAGGAAAAUUUUUAACAAAACAAUUACUUGAAAAAAUUGAUAAAUGUUUGGAGGAUAACGAUACAAAGUUUAAAGCGGUUGUAACAAAGAUUUUACGAUAUGCGGAAUCCAUAAAUAGUGAAUCAAUAGGUUAUUCAAGGCUUUUUACAGGAUAUUUAGAACAACUUGAAGGUAAUAUUGAGAUUGAAGAAGCCAUACAAUACAUCAACUUUCAAACAAAAGAUAAAAAAAGAUGUGCAGAGCUGUUUAAAGAGAACACGUUAUUAAGAAUUAGUAAAAUCAUAAAUAAUGAUGAUUUUGAUAAUGAUGCUAGAAUAAAUUGCUGUGAAAUUAUCAACAAUUAUCUUGAACACGAUGAUAAAGGUUUGAGUGAAAACGUAUUAAAAAGCUAUAUUCAAGUUUUUGAAAAUGCAAAAAGUGGACCUGAAUUAAAAGCUGAAGUUUUAAGAUCUAUCUUAAUAAACAUUGAAAAAAGUAAAAAUUUACCAAACUUUGUUGUUCAAACUCUAAUCAGUAAUAUUGAAAACUUUGAUCAAAAAUCUGUAAAUUUUACAAUAGUGGUUCUAGGAAAUAUUUGCGAAAAAAUUCAAAUAUCUAACCUUGGAAAAAUAGCGUAUAAAUUAUUAGAUAAUAGCAUAAUUGUAAAAGAAGGGACUGAGAUUACAUUUGAGAACUCAAUUAAAAAUAAAAAAAAUAUUUUCCAGACCUCAAUUUGCUCAAUAGUGGGAAAAAUUUUCUUGACCUCGGUUCAACAAGGAGCGAGACUUGAUGAAAAAAGUUUAGAAAACCUUAUUAAAUGUGUUGAUGGUAAAGAUAAACAAGCUCGUAUUUUAGCUGCAAAAACUUUGUACUUUGCGUCUUUAAAACAAGAACUUAAUAAUGAUCUUUUAAUUAGGUUUAGAGAUUAUGUAAAUGAUAAUAUUGUAGAUGUUAGAACUUAUUUAACGGCUGCAUAUGCGAAUGGGUUGAAUAACUUACCAGAAGAUAAAGCAAAAAGUCAUUUUGAAUUUCUUCCCCAAAUUUAUGCAUUUGAAGAUUUAGUAUUAGGUGAAGAAAACUUUACAGAUAAAGUUAAUGAAAAUAUUUUGUUUUUCCUUUUAAAAGAAGCAUCAAAAGAUCAGGAAUUCGACAACAACGUUUUUAUAAUACUAGAUUAUAUUUUAUUUUAUGGAAGUCAAGGUCAAGAUGAUGCAAUUAAUAUACUCAAUAAAUACACCCAAAACAAAAAACACCUCGUUCCUGAAAAUACUAUCCUUGCUAUUGAAAAUGCUUAUGGUAUAUCUCACAUAUCAAAUGAAGCUUUGAACGUACUUAAAAUAGUUAUUAAAAAUGGUCAGCCUGUAUCAAAUAACAUACUUAAAGUUUUUACAGAUGAUUUUUUCUUUUCAGAUAUUGCAAAAGUUCAUGACGAAUCCUUUGACCUAUUAGACAUUGCUAACCAGAAUCAGGAUAUUUCAGAUGAAGUAUUUAAUGUUUUGGAAAUGGAAAGAGCGGGAAAAGUUAUAGAUGAACGAAAAGACUAUGAUAAUGAUAAGGAGAAAGAAGGAGCAUUUGAGUACCUAACAGAGAGUGUGCGUAAUGGCAAAAAAUUAUCGGUUAGUAAUUUUAAAAUAUUAAACCAAUUAAAAAUUUUGAUAUAUAAAGCAAAAGAUAAACAAAGCACAGUUCCAAAUGCUGUGGCAAUCUUAAUGUAUGCAGCAAAACACAAGCAAAUUAUUCCUUAUUAUUUAGUUGAUACUUUAGUUUCUGAAUUUAAUGCUGGGAAAAACCAAAGUUCAUUGCUUUGUAUUUUUAGUUCUCUUUUAAAAAAUAAUCAAAAAAUACCAGAUAACUUUUUUAAAAGUUUAGAAAAAACUCUAGAAGUUGGCAGUGAAAUAUAUGAUCAAGUACUUUUGAUUUUUGUAUUUCAAGGACAAAAAGGCGAGAAGCUUUCGCCCAACAUUAUAAAUAAAAUUUUUGAUGAAUUUUUGAAUGGAAAACAAAAUAUAAAUUUACAGCAUGAAUAUCUGUCUUCUAUUAUUUCUAUUAUUGAAAACAAUGAAGGUUUUAAUAAAGAACUUGCCAGUCAAAUACUAUUAAAAGGCGUUUUGAGUGACAAUGGACAUUUUGUUAAAGAAGCUGUUAAAGCAAUUAAAAUUUUAUCUUUUAAAGACCAUUUGGAUAAUAAUCUAUUAAAAUGCUUAGUUAAUAAAGCAACGAGCUGUGAUGAAGAAGUAAAAGAUAAUAUUUUAUCAAUUUUAGAAAAUGCUAAACUUCAAAAGAAUGAGCAAAACAAGCUGAUACUCUUAAGAUUAUCUAAUCUUUCAGGUAGUUUAGCUUUAGAUGAAAUGAUUAAAUUAACAAGUAAUGGUAAUAAAUUACUAAAAACAAAUUUUGUACAGAUUAAUACAAUUAUAGAAAAAUCACCUGAACUUCAAAAUAAAGCUCUCAAAGUUUUGCUUCUUACUCCCAACAAAAAAGAUAUUAUUGAUGAACUAUUGCAUAAUAUUUCGGUGUUAUCAAUUAAUACUAACUCAGAAGAGUUUAAGGACUCUUACCAUUUACUUAUAAAACAAAUAGUACGAGAAAAGAAAACCAUAACUCCUAAAAUUACAUCAGCUUUAUAUAAACUAAUGACAGAGUCAAAUGAAAAAAAAUUAAUAUCAUUUUGGGAAACAUUUUCUUUGAUUGCUGAAAAUCAAGAAAUUCCUAGUUAUAUAGGAUUAUUAUUAUUAGAUAUAGAUAACUUAUUACUUAAGAGAAACCCACAAAAAGUGAACCAGCUUUUUGAGAGAAUUCAAAAAGAAUUGCUAGAAGGUACAAAAUUACCAAGUCAGGUUAUUGAUAAAUUAGUUAUUACAUGUAAAGAUUGUGGAGAAGACCUUGAUCUUAUUGAGAGUUUUGCUAAUAUUUUCUCUUCUUUAUUAAUUCAAGGUCAAAAACUAUCAAAUGAGAAUAUUUUGCAUAUUAUAGAAAAAGCAAUAGUUACAAAAAAAGUAAAUAAAAACAUUAUUGAUGGAUGUAAACACUUAAUUAAGCUUAAACAUUAUCAAGAUUUGACUGCUAUUCUUAAUACCUUCAGUGAUUUAAUAAAAGAUAACAGCUCUUAUGAAAUAAAGAUUGCUAUACUUGAAUGUAUUAAUCAAGCCACGCAAGUAACAGAUCAAAUUCCAAAUAAUACUAUAUUGAUAUUAGAAAAAAGUCUUGAAAGUUUGGAGCCAAACAUUAAAAAGUUAUCAUUUCAAAGUUUAAGAAAAAUAAACAGAGCUGGUUAUGAAUCAAGUGUUUUUAAAAAUUGGUGCAAAAUUAAUUUAAAUAAUUUAAUAGAAUCAGGAUUAGCUAUUGAAAACAAACUUGAUGAGGAAAAUUUAGAAUUACUUGAUACCUUAUCAUUAUUAAAUUAUGUAAAUUUAGAAUGUUUGAAUAAGAAUGCUGAACACCGACAAAAAUGGCAUAGGGAUCUUUUAAUCUCAGACUUGUUAGCAAGGUUUGAUAAGUUAGGCAUAGAUAAAAGAUUCAACUUCUAUAAAAGCUGGUUUGAAUUAAAAUCUUUACCUGAAUAUCAUGAUAAAAGAGCUGAUACAACACUUAAGCUAAUUUUAUAUGCUCAAAAUAAAUAUAAAUGCGCAUUUAAUCAAGUUUUUGAAGCCUUAGAUGCUUUAAAGCAAAUUAGUUUUGAAAAUGCAAUUGGUAUUUUAUCUGACGCUGGAAAUAAUUGGCAACUAAAAUUGAAACAGCAGUGGCUUAUAAAUUUAAUAGCUGCAAAAUCCAAAACACAACAAACAAGUAUGGAAUAUAUUAUAAGUACAGUAGCACGUCUUACGCCAAAGAACUUAUCACUUAUUACAACAUAUUUAAAUAAAGUCAAAGUUAUAGAAAGUUUGAGCGUUUUAGACUCCUUAAUAGAAUUUAUUUGUCAUCAUAAAGUUAAGAAAUCAUUUUCUCCAGAGCAAGUAAAUACAAUACAUGACUUAUACAAACUAUUAGAGAUCCAAGUUUUAAGUAGCAAGUUUUAUAAGCAAGCAAAAUCUCUUCAAUUAGAAAAAACAAUUGAUAAUCUUUUUAUUAAAAAAUGGAGUUUCGAGCAAUUAAAUUUGUUAAUUUCUAAACUUGGUGAUUCCAAUACUAUAAAUCAAGAAAAAUUAGAAAAUCUCAAUCAAGUAUUUGAAAUAAUAGACCAGUACAAUGUUCCACUUACUACACACUCUAAAAUCCUAAGCAUAUUAGAUCAAGAAACCAAAACCUGGGUAAAAGAAGUAAAUCUGAUUGCUGUUGAGAAUAAUUUUCAGGUAGUUGGGAAAAUAAAAAAUUUAUCAGAACUUAUCAGAGAAUUAGGUGAUAAAAAUGCAAAUAAUCUAGAUAUAUUAAAAUUGAUUGAAGAUAAACUUGAUGAGAAAAUAGAGGAAGUUAAAAAUCCAGGGCUUAAAAGCAAAAUAUUAAAAUCUUCUGAUGAAAUAGAAUUACACAAAGAGAUCCCUAUCAUUUCUGAAUGGAAUAAAGAUUAUAUAAAAUUAUGGGCAAAAAAGGUAAAAUUAGAUAACAAAUGCUUUAAGGAAAGUUAUUUUAUAACAGAAGUAUUAGCCGUAAUUAAGCGAGCUUAUUUAUUGACGAGAGAAUUUCAUUUAAGCGACUCUCAAAUUUUAAGCUGCUUUGUUGCUUUGCAUAAAAAACACAAUCAAGGAAGGCUAUUACAAGUUUCUACUGGUGAAGGCAAGUCAACCAUGGUAAGUAUGUUAGCUAUAGUUUAUGCAUUAAAAGGAAAAAAAGUUGACAUUAUCACAAGUUCCCCUGUUUUAGCAGAGAGAGAUGCUAAAGAAAACGCUAAACUAUAUAAUAUGUUUGAUUUAAGCACUGAUUGUAAUAGUGACAAAUCCAUUUACAUAAAAGGAGCAAAAGAUUGUUAUGAAAAAGAUGUGGUAUAUGGAGAUACAGCUCAGUUUCAAUUUGAUACUUUAAGAGAAGAGUAUAGUUGCCUCGGUGCUUUAUCGACAAGAAAGUGUGAGGUUGCAAUUGUUGAUGAAGUAGAUAGCAUGCUAAUUGAUGAUAGUUCUAAGAUUGCUAGACUUGCAAAUACCAUGGCUGGCAUGGAUCAAUUGCAACCCAUAUAUCAUUUUUUAUGGCAAAGGCUUAACUCUUUACAAGACCGAUUAAUCAACAUUAAUGGCAAAGAAUAUUUGGCAUAUGGAAAAGUAAAAUAUAACCAAAAUGUAAUAGUUUUAGAAUAUGCUGAUGAUAAAGGAAAUAUAUUUCAAAUUUCUGAUUUAAAAAAACAUAUUGAAUCUGGUAACUCUUUGAAUGCUUUAUGUGAGGAGAUUAAAGGUGACUCUAAUAUAUUCCUUAAACAGUAUUUACAAGAUUACUUAACUGCUUUAACAUCAGAUAAAGACAUUAGCUUUGAAAAUAUCAGUCGUUUUGAUAUUAAACCAGAGGGUAAAAUUCAAAUACCAAACAACUUUAAAGAGUUUGUUGAAACUCAAAUUAGUAAAUGGGCUGAAAAUGCUAUUGAAGCGUUUAACUAUCAAGAAAGAGUCCAUUAUGUUGUUCAUGAAGGCAUGAUUAAGCCAGUAGAUUAUAACAGUACCGGUGUUGUACAGAAUUCUACAAAUUGGAGCGAUGGCUUACAUCAAUUUUUACAAAUUAAGCAUAACUUAAAAAUGACAUCUGAGACUCUUACUACCAACUUUUUAUCAAAUAUUGGGUAUUUUAAAAGAUAUCAAAAUAAUCUUAUUGGCCUUACCGGGACGUUAGGAUCUAUAAAAGCUAGAGAAGUGCUGUCAAAUGUAUAUUUUGUAGAUCUAGUAUAUAUUCCUCGCUUACAUCAAAAGCAAUAUAUACAACUUCCAGAUAUAAAUACACUAAACCAUGAGCAAUGGCUUUAUGAAAUUAUAAAUUCUGCUAUUCAUGAAGUAAACAAGUGUAGGGGAGCAUUAAUUAUUUGCAACACUAUAGAACAUGCACAAAUUAUUUCUCAAAACCUUAAAAAAAGAUAUAGAGCAGAAGCUAUCAAACUUUAUGACAUGAAUGACAUGAAUCAGGAAAAAGAAAUAGAAAAGGUUUGUUCUGGAGAGAUAAUAGUUGCAACAAACUUGGCUGGACGUGGUACUGAUAUUAAAACUGAUGAUAUUGAAGAAAAAGGAGGAUUACAUGUUAUCUUAACGUUUAUGCCAUCUAAUCAACGAGUUGAGGAACAAGCUUUUGGUAGAACUUCAAGGCAAGGCAAACGUGGCACUGGCCAAAUGAUAUUAAAUAUUCAAAAUAUAGCACAUAAUUCAAAGGAAGCAAGAGAUAAAGACGAAACUGAAAGUUUUGAAAAAUUUACAAAAUCAGAACUUAAAACAAUUGAAAUAAAAGAUAUGUUGUUUAAAAAAUUUUGCGCUUUUUUAUGCAAAAUAAGAGCUGAGAUAAGAAAAAAAAAAAGUUCUUUAACUAAAACAUGGGAAAUUAUCAAGGACCAAUUUGUCAACGUAAUGCCAUCAGUCUAUGAAUUUAGCAUACUCUCUGCUAUUGAAGAGCAGUGGGGAAUGUUUUUAAGAAAAAUUGAUGAUGGGACAAUAAAAAUUGAACAUGCAAAAAGUGAGUAUAAACAUUUUGUUGAACAGCUAAAUAGUGGUUAUAAAAGUGAGACUAUAAUAAAAAACCCAUAUUAUCACAUCGUUAUAGCAAAUGAUUUUAUUUUAAAUAACAGUGCCGAAUAUGAAGAAGCUAAUAAGCAUUUUGAAAAAGCUAUUGAACUUGAUAAGAACUUUAGUUGUGCAGCUUUUGUAGGUAAAGCAUUGUACUUUCUUAAGAAACAUAAGGAUUUAGAUAACUAUAAGCAAAAAAGUAUUGAAUCCCUUAAUGUUGCUUUACAUAUUUUAGGUAAUGAGAUGGGUAUGCUUAAUUUAAUACAAACUCUAUUGCAUCAUCAAACGAGUAAUAUUCAUAGUGAUUUAUCUAAACAAUUAAUUCAAAAAACAAGUCUCUUAUGUUCUUAUAUUAAUAGCAUUGAAAUGGCUAUAUCUGUUAUCAAAAAAUCUCAAAGGUUAAUUGAUGUUAAAGUAAUUAAUAAAAACCAAAUCAUAUCAUAUUUUGAGCUUGAAAGAGAUAAAAAUAGUCAUAUGAUUCAAAAGUUUAGUGAACUUGCAAACUAUGAUCAUUUUGAAGUUACAUUUAACGAUUUAACUGUAAGAAAUGACAGUGGUGCUAUAGAUCAAGCUGUUGAAACUAUAAGUAUAGCAUUUAAAGAUUAUAAAACUUUGCCUCAUAACAUUUUAAAAAAGGUAAAACUUAUUCAAUCUUCUAUACUAAAAAAAAGUUACAAGAACGUCCAUAUCACUAUGAAGAAUAUAAAUGCUGAGAAACUGCGUGCUCUACUAAAUCCUAAUAUUGAAAUUAUAGAAACAACCAAAGAAGUUGCAAUAAACUACUUGAAAAAGGAAAGCUCUUUUAUUGAAAGGUGUUUAUCAUCGCAAUCUAAGGUUAACUUAACUAUUGUAGGGAAAAAUAAACAAACAAACGUUAGGAAUGAGUUACCAAUAGCACAAGCAGUAAAUAUUAUUAAGAAAAAAAGUAAUGAAUAUCGCUUCACCUUAAGUUUUGUAAAUACUGGUGAAACAUCUGAAGAGGUAACUAAAACAAUUGCAAUAAAAAAGCUAGAAAAAAAAAAAAAAUUAUGUUCUAAGACUCUGGUUAACUUAUAUAUUACUGCAGAAGACAGAACAAAUCUUGAGUUUAAAAAUAUCUCAGUAAAAGAAGCAAUAGAUCUUGUUGAGAAAAAAGAUGAUAAAUGUCGUUUUAGUAUAGAUUUUAUAAACGCUAAUAAAACAGCUGAUUUUAUUCAAAAAUCGAAAAUUGGUUUUGAUAUAGAAUUUCUUCAAAUAACCUCAAAAAGUGCUCAGGAGAAAAUAGAAAAUACAGAAUUUGAAGUUGUAACAGUUGAAAUACAGGGUACCCCAGAAGACUUGCUUAAAGCUGUUAAAUCUUCAACGAAAGAUGUUCAGCUUUUAUUCGCGAAAGAAGAAGGUUCUUUUUCUAUUACAUUAAAGGCAAAUAUUGCUUUAGAAAAGAUACAAGAAGAAAAAAUUGAAUUUAUUAAAAUUGAGAAAUUGACCAAAGAAGAAGCACAGAACGUUUUUAAAUUAUGCCCGGAAUCCAAAUUUAAUAUCAAUUUAGUUUCAGUAAAUCAAAAAUCUGCGGUUAAUGCUCUAAAAUAUUUUGAAGGAGAGUGUUAUGCUAGAGCCACCUUUAAAAAUCUGGGACAUUUUAAUGCAAGUAAAUUUAUUCCCAAAAUUAGAGAAGCAAAUCAAGACUUUUCUUUGAUAUUCAAAAACCUAAACCGCUUGCAAUUUGAGCAAUUGAUCCAAAAAGCUUCAAUAAAACAGGAGGAUAUAGAAAUCACAAAAUUUAAAACUUUAGGAGAGCUUUUUUUAGAAGAAAAUAGACCUGUUCUUGAACUUCAAGAGUUUGCCGCACGGGGAAUUGAAAUUUUAAUAGAAAUUUUUGAAAAAGGAUUCAUUCCUUGGAUGAGUAUAUCUAUUGUUAGUGCUAUUGCAGCUGUUCAAAUGUUAGUAGGAACAGCACUAGUUGCGUCAGGUUGGAGUGCCACAGUAGGAAUUGGAUUAAUUACUGAAGGUUUUGCUGAUUUACAUACAGUGUAUAAAGCCUAUAGUACAAGACAAUUUAGUUGGAAGGCUUAUGGAACACAAAAAGCAAUAAGUCUUGCUGUAUCAGCAGUAUCAAUGGGAUGGGGAGCAAUUAAAAAUGCUGGCAAAGGAACAGUAGUUCUUGCAGAAGGGAUAGGAUCAGAGGUAGUUGAACAAGCAACAACACAAGCUAUAACAAAUUUUAAAACUGUUGGGGAAACAGUAAUACAAACAGGAAAAAAUUUAAAAAGCUUAGCUUUUAAACAAAUGGCAGUUACUGCUGGAAUUUCGGCUAUAAAAAAAGGUUCGAAUAUCGUAGCGAGUUCUUUGAUAGACUUAGCUUUGGAACGUUUUAAACCAGAAAUUUCUAAAUAUAUUCAAGCCAAAGUACAAACAAAAUUUUGUGAAUUGUUGUUAAAGAUGGUAAGUAAAAUGUAUGCAAUAGAUAAUCUUAUUAAGCAUGCUAACUUAAGAGAAAAAAUUAAUAUAGUGUUAGCGGGUAUAGUCAAUCUAAUGAAUAACGAUACUUCAAGAAAUUUAAUUCUAAAAAUAGGAAGUUCCAUUUACUCACUACUUUAUAAUGUUAAUAGUGCACUUGUUGGAUGCAUUUUUAGUACAUUAGACGGGAUAGCUCAACUAGUAACAAUAAUAAAUAUGGUAUUUGAUUAUCUAAUAAAAGAAAUAGCUCAUCUUGAUAAAGAAUACUUCUCUAUAUCGCAUUUAAUCCAACAGCAUUGCGAAGUGAGUAUUUCAGAAGCAAGUGAAAUUUAUGGGUUACUUAAAACACAAGGUGUGAUAGGUAACGAUGACAAUUUAAAUCCUUUAGCUUUUAAGAGUAUUUCAACCUUUCAGGAAACAACGCAGUUUUACAACCCAGACUCUUCUAUGUUUACCUCACAAGAAACAUUUGAAUAUCAAGAUUUAACAAAAAUAGUGAUUCAAAUAGACAAUAUUGAUCUUAUUCAGUACAACCAUCAUAAAAAUGAUAUAAUUAGUUUAAUAAAAUUAUUAUUUCAAAAAACAUCGAGUUUUGAAAUAAGCGACUUUAGCAUAAUUAUGAAGUCCAUUUCAGAUGUAAUUACCAAUCAAGUUGUAAAAAUAGCUGAAUCCCAACUACUUUCUCCCUGGAGUAAUAUUGUAAUAGAUGAACUUGCAAGUACUCUUUCAACAAAAAUCCAAAGCGUGGUUGAAAAAAAUCAGCUUGAUUGCGAAAUAAAAUCUGUGGAAGAAAAAGAAAACAAAAUAUCUGAAGAUUUAAAAAUAAAACAAGAUUUAAAAGCUAAUCUUGCAAAAAAUAAGAGUUUAAAUACUACAGAAAAUACUGUUGCUAAAGUAAAAGAAUAUGCUCAAAAGGUAAAAGAUGGAAAACCUGUAGAUUUUACUGAGCUAUAUAUCAUGGCUGCUGAAAACUGCGUAAAUAUUAAAAUAGUAGACAAUCCAAAUUAUCAAUUAACAGAAAAAAAUAUGAAUAAAAAUGCAAAGAUUUGCAAUGUUGUUUUUAAAGGUAACGAGAAUUCACCUAACUAUUAUCAAUUGAUUGACGCAAACGGUCAAUGUUUAAGUCAAUGUAGUGAUGGUUAUACUAUUUUUACAAGCUUAACAGGCAAAUCCGUCGAGCAACUUCGGAAUGAAACUGCACAUGCUAUAGAGAAUAAUCCUGGAAAUUUUAUAAAAUCAAUAAAAGCGCAGAAAUGGGUACAAAAAAAAUUUUAAAUUUUAAAACAAUUGAUGCAUAUAAGUAAGACACAAAAAGUUACUUAAAACGAUUAUCCACAAGAACUAAUGCAAUUAGUAAAAAAAUAGUAAAGAAUCUUAUAAUCGUUUAGAGUGCCAGAUUUUUUUUGAACUUUUUAGUCUAAACCUAAACUGUUAAAAUUUGUUUACAACAUUUUCUCUACGAAUAAACCUAAAUGGACUAAUAACUUUUAAAUCUUAUGAAUCAAAGAUCGCAAAUACAACAACAAAAAUAAAAAAAUACGUUACCAUAACAACCAAAAUAUGGUUACACAGCAAAAAUUUGAUCAGUAAAAUAUAAAAAACGUUAGUUUGAUACUUUUUUGACACUUUUUUAACUACUUGGUCAUUCUAGAAACCUUCAAGCAACCUUCUAGCAACAUUCAAGCAAGACAUCUGACUGAUUUAAAAAAAAUUUGAGGUGAUUUUAACAUCUGAUUAUUAAAUAUUUAAAAAAAUGUAAAUACAAAAAAUAUAAAAAAUAUAUAAAAUAUUCAAAAAUUACUAAUAA